CCAGCCUCCUCCCUCUCGGCUCUAUCCUGGCCUCUCUCCCUCUCUCCGUCGCCGGGUGCUGAAGUUGGGCGGAUGGCAAGGAGCCCGCUCCGCUAGAGGACGGAACAGCCCAGCCUUGAGCACACUCGGACUCGGACCCGGGGACGGUCGCCCACAUCCCAGGCCACCUGCCAGUCGGAUUCUGAAGCAGCUGACAUGAGAAAACGGCAGCAGUCACAAAAUGAAGGCACGCAGGCUGUGUCUCAAGCGCCCGGAAACCAAAGGCCCAACAACACCUGUUGCUUCUGCUGGUGCUGCUGCUGCAGCUGCUCCUGCCUCACUGUCAGGAAUGAAGAAAGAGGAGACUCUUCGGGGAGACCCCCACACACCACCAAAAUGGAGAGCAUCCAGGUCCUAGAGGAAUGCCAAAACCCCACUGCAGAUGAAGUCUUGUCCUGGUCUCAGAAUUUUGACAAGAUGAUGAAGGCUCCUGCAGGAAGAAACCUUUUCCGAGAGUUCCUCCGAACAGAAUACAGCGAGGAGAACCUACUCUUCUGGCUGGCCUGUGAAGACUUAAAGAAGGAGCAGAACAAGAAAGCUGUUGAAGAAAAGGCCAGGAUGAUAUACGAGGAUUACAUUUCUAUACUGUCACCGAAAGAGGUCAGCCUCGAUUCUCGAGUUAGAGAGGUGAUCAACAGGAAUCUGCUGGAGCCCAGCCCUCACAUGUACGAAGAUGCCCAGCUUCAGAUCUACACCCUAAUGCACAGAGAUUCUUUCCCAAGAUUCUUGAACUCGCAGAUCUACAAAGCCUUUGUCGAAAGUACUGCCAGCUCCACUUCUGAAUCUUAAUUUUCAUUUGAAAGGCCAAAAAAAAAAUCAUUUCAGAGGGCUGGGAUGGGAAAUAAAAGUAAUUAAAUAACAUCAGAAAUCGAGUUCCUGAAAAAAACGACAGGUUGGCUGCUGGGAAAAGACAACUGGGAAAGUCGUUUGUCUCUAUUUUUAUCAAGGUUAUCCAUGAUUCUGUUAGGGGGUAAAAAGCCUGUGUAAGAAAAUGAGUUGCCAAAUUGAGUUUGUUUGAUUCAACACUUGCUCUCCUUGCAAGCGAACUAUGUUCCUAGUCCUCUGAACAAUCCCCUAGUGCAUCUCUAGAGGCCGCAUGUGCAAAGUAAAACCGCUUCGUCUGCCCUUUACUUGUGCCAUUAAGUCAGUAGCAUACCUUGUAUCUGUAUUUAAGGACUUCUGUGCAAUAUGGUCUCUUAGAAACAAUUGCCAACAAAUUGGCCGUGGUUUGCAUUUUUUAAGCAUAAUCUGAUACACACAAAGGCUAUUUUAAACAUGUAACAGUGAUAUUUAACCACGCUACAUACUAUGUUUAGUACAUGGACUCUGAAGCCAAUUUUUCUGUACAUGUUAAAAAAAAAAGUGACCAUUGAAGGACCUUAUUGUGUGAGACCUCUGGUUGUUCACUGCCCACAUUCUGACAUUUUUGUUACAGAAGAGUUUGCUAUAUAUAUAUUUUAAGAGAAAGAAAAGAGAGAAAAAGAAAGAAAACAAAAAUAGUUAACAAUGAUAAGAAAAAUUUUAAAAAGCACAAAACAAUCUGCAGAUAUCCUGUCUCGUUGAAAAUUCCAAGAAGGAUACUAUUUUUAGGUCUAAAAGAAAGAAAAGAGUCUAUGUAUAUAUCAGAUGUCCAAUAGUGUAAUUAAUUUAUCAAAGAAAGGCUCUUCAGUUCUAAAAGCAUUGCAUAAACCUAUGACUGUCAGCAGGUAAACAAUAAUAAGUUCAGUAACCCAGUUUGGGAAUAGAACGGGAAGGGUAAUAAAGAAAUGCCUACAUGUAGCACUGUAAAAGUCACCUUUGAGGAGUCGCCUCUGUGUGGCGCGCUCACCUUGAACGUGUAAUUCAGUGAAAAGCUUGAGUUUUUCCUAACCAACAUUUUACAAGGGAUUAUAGAGAAGAAAGCCUUCGAUGUCAGACCUUAACUGUUUUCACCGUAGUCUCUCAAGAAAGACUUAUUUUUAACAUUGUUAAAAUCAAACUACCAACCCUCGUCCGUAACUAGAAGGCAGUGCAGUGCUCAAUCCUUUUAGCUGCCAAUAUUAUUUUUUAUAAUUACAUUAACUCUUUACACGGAUACUCACAUGACCAUGGUAUGCAUUUCUGACCUUCAGAACAGUAUCGUCUUGUGCACAAAACCAAAAUUACAAUCAAUGUCAUAUUUAUAUCAAGGUCCUACCUUUCAAUAUCAAAAUCCCCUGGAGACUAUUUUUUUAAUCUUAAACUCAAUGAAUAUAUGUUGAGUAACCUUUAAAAAAUGAAAGAUUUAAAAAGAUUUAUAACCACUGAGAAUACUGGCCUUAUAUUAAGGAUGAUAUUAAAAUUAAAGGUUUUGUUUGUCAUUUUUAACUACCUCUCAGUUUUUAAUUUAUUAAACAUAUUUUUUUAAGAUGCAAGUUUGGAGUUUUCUUUUUCACUUUAUUUUACUUGAAAGGUUGGCAUCAUGUUUCUUUUUCCAUAAAUUUAAAACAUUUCAAGAAUUGUUUUUUAAGUGAAUAUGAUUUUCUAAUUUAUAUAGAAUUCAGGAGCUAUGAUUAAAAGGGCUAUUACAUAUUCCCUAUGCAAAUAUUUUAACUGUUGCAGUGUUUGACAAAAUGGGAUUAAAAAAAAACAGUUUGCAGAGUGGAAAACAAAAUGUUGUGUUUACACUGGCACCGCUGACCAUCCUACUACGCUCAGUACUUUUAAAUACAUUAUUUAUGGAAACAUAGUUAAAAUGCAAGAUAGAAGGUAUUUAUAAUAGUCAUCUUUUAGCAAAUGCCUGUGGACUCUUUUCUGAAAGUGUUAGUGUGUUUAAGACGCGCUUUGCUCAUGUCUCCUAGAUAUUUACUCUUUGAAUAGUUUCAGUAAUCUGUCGAGAAAAAAGAUAGCUAUGAAGAUGUUUACAAAAAAAAUCCUAUUUUUUCCUAAAGAGUCAAGAAAACGUAAAAGCGUCGUUGCUUCUGUUGUGAAGUCCCAUCGUUCUAAAUGAUUUCAUUGUUUUCUUGAUAAGUGUUUAUUAUGCUAAUAUGAUGUGUAUGCCUAUCUAGUGUACCAUCAUCUCAUUUCUGUGUUUGAGGCACAAUGAAUUGGUGCACAUGACCAGGAGAUUUGUAAUAUACUACGAAGCCCUGCAUGCACAAUUGUUUUUGAUGUAGACUUUAUUAUAUUCCCUGUACUGCGGAUGCUCGUGACUUACUGUCACAGGUGAUCUUUACAAUAUCUCUGGACUACUAGGCGAGUUGUCUGCUUGAUCAUGCAUUUACUCUUUUACCAAAUGUAAGAAGAGGUAAGGGCCGUUAAAGGGUCCUCAUCUCUAACCUAGGCAUUUGCAGUGUUUGCUUCAAAGUUGCUGUGUCUUUGGAGCCUGGUUACGAAGCUUCACUGACGAGGUCCUAAGGCGGAUUUGCACAGCCGCUGUCCUUGGCGAUGCUGUGUGGGCAGCUCUGUGUUGAAUUCCUAUUUCAGGGGGAUGGCUUCUCAUUUCACUUCUGAAUGUUUCAAGUUUUAGAGAGUGUGCCUGUGGACUUGUGACUAUGCCGGUUUUCAAAGUAUGGUGUGAUUUCUUCUGUUUAAGUCACAGAGCUACAAUAAACAAACAAAAGCCCUCAACUGGUGUCUCUGCCACCAUUUCAAGAGCACAACAUUUGCUUUAUUCAAAAUUGAUUGAAUUCUCCUUGGGGAGACCCUAGCACUUUAAGUGAAGCACCUUGCAUUGAUGAUUGCCAAGAUAACUUUGUAUAUUGUUAGAAUCCGCUAAUGCACACACAAGAGGUUAAUGCACUUUCUAUAGGUCUGUCUAUUGUGGAAAGAAAAGGAGAUUGUAUAGGUGACGUAUAUAGAGGUGGCUCAAAGACAGAUGUCUCCAUAGGUGGAUCUUACACAUAGACAUGCUAAUGCUGGAGGGAGGGUGGCUCCUCUUUCUGGCUUAUUACGAUGUCAUCCAAAGUAAGCACACAUGCUCUGACAGCAUGACAAGGCACAGAUGAAUGUAAGCAAAAACGGACCUUGAUACAGAAGUUAUAAAUGAAAAAGUCAAAAUUAUAAUAUGGCCUUUAAAACAUUCUUACAAUGUUUAUAAAUGACCAGCUGUUCUAACAGUGUGUCACUGUGCCUAGAACAUUUAUUAGCGAGCACCCUUCAGUGUCUCCUAGUAUAAAGAAUGUGCUCUAUUUAUUUGAUAGUUGAGUGUCAAAGGACUGUAGAAAUAGAUAGACUAAUCUGUUGAAAACAAUAUACAUCUCCCCCAUUGUAUUAACUUAAUACUUGAAUCUUAAUUUAAGUUUAUUCUUUUUUUUUUCUAGAAUUUUUUAAAUAGUCUCAGAAAAAGUCACAUUAUAAUUGUGGAAACUACACUUGCAACAAAUAAAAAUUUUCAGGUGCUUUGGUGAAGGUUUUUAAAUGGAAGGAAUGGAAAUAAAGUAUAGAAAAGUGAACUUUUUGAAAAACCAUCCAUUUGUUUUUAAACGGAAGAUAUACCUAGACCCCCCACAUAACAUGAAUUUUUGAAUUCCUUUGGCUUUAUAUAUUCGUAUAUUAUCUCGAAAUAGGAAAUACAGCCAAAAAAAUUGGGUUAUCUGUCUAUUUAGAUUGGCAGUGAGUGACCAAUCUCCAAAGUAUCUAUUUUUGAAACUGUGAGCGUACUCCUUUCUGUUUUCAAAUUUCCGAUCAACAGAAAAUGCUGUCCUUUGAUAGGAGCACGCCACGCGUAAUAACGUUAGUAAUUCUUCACUUGCCACGACUGCAGGUAAAACCACUAAAACCUACCGAGCCUUCCUUCAGAACAUAUCUGCAAGAUUAUGAUAUGGCUAAGAUAUCACCACAACACACAUAGUGAAUGAAAGAGCACUGGCUUUGAUUUCUGCGUAUGUUAAGAAAUAUUACUCCUACAGAAAUAGUCCUAAGCGGCUAUAAGGGACAUGCUUUCUUUCCCACUGGUUGAAGAGAACACACCAUACCAUCAUUCUAUUGAAAACAUGGAGAGAUGGAGUGUUCCUUAGUUGGGCAAAUGGGGUUGAGAACUCAUUUGAUUCUCAUGACAAAUGCUCCAAGUUGGGAAAAAGCAGUUAUCUAAAGCACCCAUGAUGACAACCACACGAGAUAUCACAGUGUCAUGCAUACAAUCUGAAAUUCAGUUCCCUCCUCUUGUCUUACAUCAAGUAUUUUCUGUUGCAAACUUUCCCAUUGAUUCAUAGCUUCAUCACGGCAUUUCAGCUUUUUAAACAGUUAGAAGUGUGUGCGUCCUAAACUGAUGAUUAAGCAAACUGUCUAAGGUCUGGGCACAUUUCCGUUUGAAAGGACAGAGCUGGUAUUUACAUCCAGAGAUGGUAGGAAAAGUCAUGUAACCUUUCUGAAUCUGUUUCUUCAUCUGAAAAUGAAUAUUGAUUAUGGGGUGUCCGUUGGAACAAUAAUGUUGCAUAUAAUAAUUGAUCAAGAGUUCUUCAGCCCAGUCAUAGUCACAUUUUUAGUAAGUGACAUUUUAGCGUACUCUCCCCUUGUUUCCUUGGAAUGGUUUGGUUAGCACACAAAGAGGGUUUCAUCAUGCCAUUUUCAUACUGGUGUCUUGUUAUAUCCUGUUCUCUUUUGUACCCCACUGCCUUUCCCUGGGCCUUCUACUUUCUCUGCUUAUUUUUUUAAACAUACUUGAAAAAUUUAAAUAUGCACAGGCACACACACUCACCACACACACACAGCAACACACACAGACACAGAUACACACAGACACAUGCACAAGCACACAUACACACAGACACAUGCAACACCCCCACACACACAUGCACAGACACAUACACACAGAUACACACUUAAAGAUGGAGACCUAGGACAUAAAAUCGCCAUCCCCACGAAUCAGAAACAUAGAAUCAAGUUAGUUACAAAUACACCAAGUAUGCCACUGGAUGACAGAGCCAAAAGCAAGUUCAUAAAGCAUGACUGAAAAUCAAUCCCUUCAAUAUUAGUGUGACUGUCAAGUUUAUCAUGAUACUCUGAAUAGAAAGAUUAUUAAUACAAGUGGCUAAGUGUUCAUUAAUAGUUUCACCAAAUUUUAGAAUAUUUUCAGCUUAAUGGAAAAAUUACAAAGGCAGUACAAAAUGCCCUGGUGUGUUCUCUGUGUCUGGAAAACAAUUAUUCCCAAUUAAUAACUAAUGCUGCCCCAUCAAGGUUGUACACAUCAUCCUGACACUUCUCUUGUCUUCUCUCUACCCUUCCCAUCCUAAAACCAUGUGACCUCUUAUUGUCACCCUUCGUUGUAUUUCUUUCAGCUGUGACUCUCUAUAAAUGUUCUUGUGUUUUUCAAAACCUUGACAGUUUUGAGUGGAAAUGACAUCUAUUGUGUAGAGCAUCACUCUGCAGGGUGGGAUUUCUCAUUUUUAGACUAGCGCUUUUGGUUUCUGGAAGGAAUAAUGUUAUUCUGUUCUUUCUAUCAUAAAGAUUUGUUUUUUAUUUUAUGUGUGUGAGUGUUUUGUCUGCAAGUAUAAAUGUGACCACAUGUGUGCAACACCUAAGGCCAGAAGAGUCCGCUGAAAUUGGAGCUACAGAUGGUCUUAAGGCUUCAUAUGGGUUCUGGGAACUAAAUCAGGGGCUUCAGUAAGAGCAGCAAGUGCUUUAAUUGUUGAGCCACCUGCCCAGCCCUGGAUAGCCAACCUCGUUACAUGAUAUCUCAAAGGCACAUGCCACCCGGGUAAGUACUCUUGCUUUGGGGUCCUUGCUGUUGCUGUUGCAGUCACCCUGUCACCUGUUUAAAGCAUUGCCUUUUGGAUACAGCCUCUCUGCUGCCAAGUGAUAUGCAUGCAAAGAAGGUACCUGAGAGUGAAAUAGACCCUGCAUUACACUGUGCAAGAAAAACAACCAACAACCAACCAACCAAGCAAACAAAAACAAUUCUGGCCAAAGUCUUAGCAUGAAUACUAGGCUCCAUUAAAGGAUUACUAACAAAUACUACAAAGAAAAUGGAAUGGAUUAGGAAAUGAAAUGACCCAAAUCAGUGUUAGCUUGGAUAUCUACUUAUGAAAAGUGCAACUGUUCCCGCUUUCCUGAAAUACCCCGGGUAGUUAUUAAAUCCUGCUCACAUGCUGGAUUUGAAGAUUUUAGUCUCAUUAAUUGUAGCAAGAGGUUGCUAAUUACUCAUGCUUAAUGCCUUCCUGUAUAUCAUCCACUGAGCUGUGUGUACAAUGCUGAAGUGUAGAGGACUUGAUGUUGCUCCUCAAGCUUUAACCUGUUUGUCACAGUGUUUCUUGUGUGUGAUUUUAAAGAGUUUGCAAAAUGUUAAAACGUAUUUUACCGAAUUCGACUCUGUGAAAUUCAUUUUGAACGUGUCUGAUUUCUUACUUCCAUGCUCACCCUAUUUAGUGAUCUAUUUCCACAUUUUGCAUUCACUGAUGUAUUUAUUAGUGAACCACAAAAAGGUUCUGAGUACAUGAAUACAAGAGCAGCCCUGCUUGUCCAUUUUAUAAUACCAAAAUAUCUGUGGGUACUCAUAGUUGACUAGAAAAUCCAGAUUCUUUUUCUUGCAGCUCAAAAUUUUCUGGGUUUUUAUUCCAUUGAACCAAUUUCAUCAUUUACCUAUGUACAAUAAUAGACUUCUUGAAAGUGUUACAGUUUUUGCCAUGUAAUAGAUUUGAGCAUGACAAUACUGUAAGAAAACCCAGACGUCUGAGUUUUCAAAGGAAAUCAAAUAGGUGUUUUCAUUUAACUAUAUUGUGGCAAUUUAUGGGUAUUAUUGUAAAAUGCAUAUGCAUUACACUGAUUUUCUUAAUGUGUUUUGAAUUAAUAAAGAAUUCUCCCAUGUAUCCUUAGACAA